UAAGAUUUCUGCCUCGCGCAAGCUCAUGCUGAAGGUGAGUCCCCGCAGUAAGCGGACGGUGCAUCCAUGAGGCGGAAAGCUGCAUGAACGGAGCGACAAAAUCUCCCUUUCUGCCCGUGUCGUGUCAGAGCAUGAUGGUGGCCAAGGCCAAGGAGGACCUGGAACAGGAGAUGGUGGAAAAGGAGGAGGAGAAGGAGGUGUAUCUGGCGGAGAAGGCUCCUCCCAUACAGACCGGGAGCAUGUCCUUAGCAGAACUCAAGACAUUAUGCCAGGAGCUACACUCCAAAAUCGACGUGGUGGAUGAGGAGCGUUACGAUAUCGAAGCCAAAGUGCUGCUCAACACCAGAGAGAUCAAAGACCUUAACAUCAAAGUUCUGGACCUGAGAGGGAAGUUCAAGAGACCCAGCCUGAGGAGGGUGAGGGUCUCGGCCGACGCCAUCCUGCGCUCCCUCCUGGGCUCCAAACACAAGGUCUCCUUGGACCUGAGGGCCAACCUCAAAUCCGUAAAGAAGGACGACACCGAGAAGGAGAAGACGGUGGAAGUGAGCGACUGGAGGAAGAACGUUGAGGCCAUGUCCGGCAUGGAGGGCAGGAAGAAGAUGUUUGACGCAGGCGCCACCCAGUAAAUGGCGCUUCACGCACCGGCAUUGUACACCUGACCUUCACAUUCGACGUCCGAUUAUCCUGGCUUGUCACCCAGCAGCUCCCAGAGUUCUGAAUGUGACCAUGAAUGCAUACGUUUUUCCUCUUUGUUCAUUUACAGGGUCACCAACAACGUUUUGUCAGCGUCUGAGUGCACCGUGUUUUUAUAUACAGUAAAUCAGCUUUCAGUCUUCGAAAAUCAUGACCCUUCGCCAUGUGCGCUCAUAUUUUACUGUACCACUUUACAAUAAGACUACCCUCGUAAAGGGUUUAUGAAUGGUUCAUAAUUAGUUCAUUAAUUAGAUUGUGAACACUUUAUAAAUCAUUAAUAAGCUGUUAUAACACAUUAGAUAAAAACGACAACCGUGACCUGUUGCUUGCCAAAUAGUGAGCCC